UAAGGUUGCAUAUUUUGUUCUGUGCGUUUACCAUUUGGCUUUUAAAUACUUAACCUCAAAGUUCUUUCCAGGAUAAAUAACUUUAAACAUAUUUAUGUGACUACCCUGUCUUUCUUUCUCCAAGUGACUACCGGUGUUUGGGUUUCAUUUAAAAGAAUCAUCACUCAACAUGUCUGAUGCAGAAGAUAACACCAAUGAGAAAGCAUUCGUGAUCGAUCGCGCUAAACAGGGAAGAGCUGCUUGUAAAAAAUGUAAAGCCAAGUGUGUUGUUGCCGAAUUACGCAUAGCCAAAGUCGUACCUAGUCCAUUUGGAGCUGGAAAAAUGAAUAAUUGGUAUCAUUUGGAUUGUAUGUUUGAACAAUUUUUGAAGCAAAGGGCGACCACACUACGAAUACAAUCGGCAGAGGAAAUUGACGGUUUUGACAAUUUAGAUGAUGCGGAUAAAGCGGACAUCAUUAAUAGAAUUAAAGAAAGCGAGAAGAAUAUUGCACAAAAAUAUGGAUUAAAAGCACCAUCAUCCAAACCCAAUACUCCCAAAGCAAGUCCGAAGAAAGCUACCCAGCCUGUAAGACGGAACAGCGCGAGCACAAGUAAGGAACCUCCAAAUAAAGACCAAACUGACUCGGAUACUUCCGAUAAUCGAGAUUUGUUGUUUAGAGGAUUUAGACGUGUUGUAGCAGAUAUAUCGAAUGUUUCCAGUUAUACAGAUAAGACCAAUGUGGUCAAAAAAAUAUUUACCAGUGGAUCUAACGGUAAAGGUUUUAAAGGCAAUAUUACUCAGUGGUGUCGGUUAUUAUUACCUGGUGAUUGCAAACGUAUCUACAAUUUGCAGAGUAAGCAACUGAUCAAGCUCUUCAGCAAAAUGUUUGGUAUAGAUCAGAGUACUAUGAUGGAAUAUUUAAAACAGAACGACAUGGGUGACACAAUAUUUCACUUUUUUGAACAAAGUAAAAAGAUGAAACCGUCCACAAAAAGCUCAUUGUCGAUCAACGAAGUGGAUGGUUUUUUAGAGCAGCUAUCUCAGUUAAGCAAAGAAGAUGAUCAAAUUAAUCAUUUCAAAACCAUUAUACCGAAAUGCACGGCAAAUGACCUUAAAAUUAUUGUCCGGCUAAUCAAGCACGAUUUAAGAAUGAACGCAGGUGCCAAGCAUAUUUUACAAGGUGUGCAUCCCGAUGCAUAUGAAGUGUAUCAAUCAUCAAAAGAUUUGAAUUCGGUUAUUAAGCGUUGUAUAAAUAAAGAGAGUGUAACACAAGCAGAUAGUGCAAGAUUAAAAGCUUCUAUAACUGUAAUGACCCCUAUACAGCCAAUGUUGGCCGAGGCGUGUAAAUCUAUUGAGCAGGCCAUGAAGAAAUGUCCUAAUGGGAUGUAUGCCGAAAUAAAGUACGAUGGAGAGAGAGUACAACUACACAAACAUGGCAACGAGUUUAAAUAUUUUUCGCGUAGUUUAAAGCCAGUUCUUCCACAUAAGGUUAGUCAUUUUAAAAACUACAUUCCAAAAGCAUUUCCUCACGCCAAAGAUUUAAUAUUAGAUAGUGAGAUACUUAUGAUUGACAUGGUCUCUGGCAAGCCAUUACCAUUUGGAACUCUUGGUAUACACAAAAAAUCAGAGUUUAAAGAUGCUAACGUGUGUCUGUUCGUUUUUGAUUGCAUUUAUUACAAUGGUAAAUCAUUAGUAUCGCAACCCAUAGAGUAUAGGAAAAAAGUGUUAAAAGAGAACAUGACGGAAAUUCCGAACCGGAUUGUAUUUUCGGAACUGGAAACAAUUCACAAACCUAAUCAAUUGUCAAGCAUGAUCGGUAAGGUGUUAGAAAUGGGUUUAGAAGGUUUAGUUUUGAAAGAUUUGAAAAGCAUCUAUGAGCCAGGCAAGAGACAUUGGCUAAAAGUAAAGAAAGACUAUUUAAACGAUGGUGCUAUGGCGGACACAGCCGACUUAAUCGUAUUAGGAGCUUGGUAUGGUACUGGAAAGAAAGCGGGUAUGAUGUCAGUAUUCCUGAUGGGUUGUUAUGACCACAGUACAGAGAAAUUUUGCACUGUAACCAAAGUUCACACAGGUCACGAUGAUAAAACACUGGAGAAACUACAGACAGAGCUCAAGAUGGUCAAAAUUAAUUCGGAACCUGCUAACGUGCCAGCGUGGUUAAAGUGUACAAGGACCAUGAUUCCAGAUUUUGUUGCAGAAGAUCCCAGGCAGCAACCAGUUUGGGAAAUUACAGGCGCUGAAUUUACUCAACACGAUGUCCAUACUGCGGAUGGUAUAUCUAUUCGAUUUCCACGAGUAACCAAAAUAAGAUCCGACAAAUCUUGGAAGGAGGCAACAUCACUUACGGAACUCAAGAAAUUGUUCCAUACAUCCAAAGACAAUACAGAUAUAAAAUUACGAAUGAAUGCAGAUGGUGAAAGUGACACCACUACUAAUACAAGCACAUCGCCAAAAAAGUCAAGUAGGAGUCCCAAUGGUUCCUGCAAACAAAAGAAAGAAGUUGAUGAAACAGAAGCACCAUCUAAAAAGCAAAAGAUUGAAACGGCCAGUGAACUAUCACUAGAAAACAAGAUCAAGGAACCACUUGCAAAUUUGUUUGAAAACGUUAAAUUGUUAGUUGAAGAAGGUGGACAAAAACAGUUUGAGACAUGCUUGCGAUAUUUUAUUGCAUACGGUGGCACUGUACUAAAGUCAGAACAAUGGGAGGAAACAACACAUGUCCUACACUUAGAAGAUACUGUAUUUGAACAAAGUAUUGUGUGUCCCAAAAGUGCCAGACAUAUCAUUUCUGAGUGGAUUCUGACUACUGUGUCCAAAGGAGAAUUACAAGACUUCAGACCAUACACUGUUAGGUGGGAGCCUGUGACGUAAACACGGUGUGCUGUAAAUGGUGAGCUUUGUAAUAUUUAAUAUAAAGCCGUAUGUACAGUUUAAUUUAGUACAAGCUACUUAUGUUUUAAAAUUAAUUUAAUUUAUUAUUGUUAUUACUGAUUACUUCAGAUUGUUAUUUUUAAAUAUUUAGUCUGUCUUAUUGCAGUAUUUCCAGGUAAGUAAUUCUAUGUUCCAUAUUCAUAAUGCACAAGUUGAAAGUAUAAGCUAAAUGAUUUAGUUUUUUAUCUUAAGUUUUAUUGGUAUGGCAAAUAAAAAAAAGUCCUAUUUAAACCAAGCUGCUCUGUGUGCACGCAACCUCAAAGGGACUUAGGGCAGAAACACACCAGAUGCAAGAUUUUGUUUCGCAACGUUCCAAUACAUUUUGUUGCACAACAAAAAUUUAAGUGAGUGCAUUGUGUUUCUUUGAGAAAGACAGACAUGUUUUAGUGUAUUUUUAGCGCAUUUUUUUAGAAUUAAACAAAUGUGGUAUUGUU